AUGGUAGUUUGUAACCUGGAGGGCGUGUCACAGCGCUACCGUACCAUGCUAUCGACUGCUUUGACAUUGGGUCGCGAACUCGGAUUGCACCGUCUGAACGAGUCGGAGCAAAACCUCCCGUCCAACGUGGGAGCUUCCAAUCAAGUUGAAGCUGAAAUUGGGAGACGAGUAUGGUGGUACCUCAUAGCGACGGAGUGUCCUUCAGCGGCUGUAUAUACUGCCCAUCCAGCCCACAUGGCAGUCAAUAAGCCUCUCCAUCUGGAUGACGAUGACUUGGACACCGGUCGUCUCGAGCAAGAAAAACCAACGUCCCAGCCGACAUCCAUGUCAUACUUUCUGCAGAGGCUUCGACUUGCAGAAAUUUGUCGCAUUUCCGCCGACCGUGGGUUAACAAACCCUCAGAGCUCGGAAAGCCUGAAUCAAAGCAAUGUGAUCUAUAUCGAUGCCGAGUUGAAACGACUCAGCGAAUCAUUGCCACUAUUCUUCCUUCUCGACAACAAUAAACGGCAGAUCAGUGAUCAUUCGCAGAACUCCACGAUCAUAGUACAACGAUAUUUCAUCAAUUCGCUGAUUCAUACCCAGCGGUGCAAGCUUCACCUGCCGUACCUUGUUCAAGGAUUAAUUGGUCCUGAAUAUGUCUACUCCAGGCAUUCGUGUCUAGCGUCAGCUCGGAUGAUCGUCCAGACCGAACUGCAACUGGAACAGGAAGACAUCCCCUUCACGAGGACCCGGUUCAGACACACCGGCGUCUUGUAUGGACUGUUGAUGGCGAAUGUUGUGUUUCUACUGGACGGCUGUUCUUUGCCCAGUGCAAGUGUUGGCUUAGCGAGCCGACGUUGCAACGAAGCAGUGCACGCGAUGCGCAUUCUUGAACAAGCCAAACCUCAUUCUCAGAUUGCGGCCCGGUUUUGGUGUAGCAUAAAGCGUAUAUUGUCCAACAGUAGAGGCGUGGAGCCUCCAGUGCCUUCCCACAUGAUGGAAGACAGUAUGACUGAUGCUCCGGCGAGGAAUCUUGGUGCGCAGGGUCACUGUCUCAACUCCAUGAACUGGAGCGGCUUCGAUGCGCAAAGUGUACCGACGGAGCCUUUGACAUAUCUCACCACCAUCAACGAGCCCUUCUCCAACAAUUCUGAGGCACUUUCUGCGGACUGGAAUUACUUGUUUGGUGGUUUGGACUGGCAGGGGUUCUGA